AUGUCCUACUACCAGAACGGCUCGUACUAUCGCCCCAGCUCCUCGCAGCAGCAGCCCUACGGCAACACCAGCCCCUACCAGGCCCGGCGCCCCAGCUUCGAGAACGGCGACGAGGCCGCCUUUGUCACAAACGGUCGAGGCGACGGCUACAGCUACGGCCAGAAUGUGGACCGCCGGCCCAGCUACGCUGUGCGCCACCACGAUGAGCUCUUCAUGCAGGACUCGUCGAACCCGCCGCCGGACAUGCCCACCACACCGCUUGCCACCGACUUCGGCUCGCAAUACCAGUCUGUGGCCUCGCCCACCCAGCCGACCUACGACCCCCGCCAGUUUCCCGCCCCGGUCCAGAUCCCGAACCCACAAACUUUUGGUGGUGUAAACCGGACACAUUUCGACGCUGCUGCUCCCCACCAGCCGUACAACCCCGCUGCCUACUCGGAAAGCAAUCUGGGUCGCAGCGGCACCACCGCCGGUCGAGGCUAUGGCUACGGCUAUGAGGCUUAUCCGGCCUCGCCCCAGGCGACAGUCCAAUUUCCAUCACCCCAGAUCCCUUACCAAGCACAGUACUCUCCCACCCGUACAUACAGCCGCCCUUCUGUACAGUCUCCGACGUAUUCCAAUUCCCCCGGCUCCGCUCCGCUGCCUCCUCGACCCUUGGCAUACUCGCCUUCCACCGCGCCUCCUCCCCUGCCUGUCCCUCCUCACAGCAGUAGUUCCCCGCCGCCGGCUGACUGGCAGGAGCAAAUCGCGAGACGACCGUCCAUGGCCUCUGUUUACAGUGACUCCCGAUACAAUAACCCGCUUCCCUCGCCCCCGGUGGGCCAGGAUGACCGCCGGACAUCACCACUAUACCACUCGAAUCCCCUUCCCCCACUUCCCCAGCACUCGCCGACCAGGACCAAUACGUAUGGGCGCCACCCUCAAUCUCGGCCGCUGCCCGGUCCUCCGCAGGGUGAUGGCGGUUUUGGAAGAUCAGAUAGUAAUGGCAGUCCAUACGGUGGGCAAAUGACGUCUGAUGAUCUUUAUGACGAAAUCGAAAAUGCAGUGUUGCACGCUGGGAACUCUCCGAGGAUCGAUGUAGACCAAGCAGACCACCAUUCGCCAAACGGCCAGCAUGAGCCAUUCUUCUACGCAUCGCUUACUGGGAGUGGAGCGGCGGCGACAAACGGUCACCUGUCGCCAGAUCCGCAGUCGCACGCUGCGUACAGUUACAGCGACGAGAGUGAUGCGGAAGCAGCCGCUGGCUUGGCGGCUCUGCAAAUGGCUGAGGAGGAGGAACGCAGGGGCAGCAGUGGUGCUACACUUUUCAGCAGCUACAACAUGCGGCCCACAUCGUCCACAGCGCCGGAACCUCCUGCUCACGAACAACCGACAGCAACAGACGCCGUGUACAGCGAUGAUGACAUGGCAGGAAUCGAUCUGGGCGCUUAUGCUGGGAACUUUGAGCCGCACUUUACCUACGGUGGAAAUCCAGCUGAGCUCGCCAGUGGCGGCAUCGAUCGUUCGGGAAGCCAGAGCCAAACCUUAUCGUCGUCCGGCUCGCAACGCAAGUCCGGAGACGCGAGCGACGCAGACGCUUAUGAUCCCAUCCACCCCUUCCCUCCGUUUUCCAGCAAUGCAAGGGUGGACACUUUCGGCACCGGCGGGUUUGCCGAGCCGGGUGCCCACAGACGUCGCCUGAGCUACGACGAAGGCGAUGAAUCUAGUUUGAUGGUGUCUGAAACAUCGACACUUGCUGAGCCGCCUGAAAUGUUUUACCACCCAGGCAUGUCGCACUCGCGACCGCUCCCACCACCACCCGCCGGUGAACCGAACUUCACUCAACGCCAGAGCCCGUACGGUUAUCAGCAAGGUCGUGGAGCUUAUCCUGCCGGUCCCGAUCAGAUGGCCACUCCAAGUAGCGCUGUCGUGCCAAGAUCGACUUCGCUCGUCAGCCACAGCAACACGCCUCAAGCUGUUCCACCCAUCAGGUCCAAAACGGAUGCCGAAGAGCGACGACUUCGCAGCGCUGGAUUACGUACCUCAGCGCUCUAUGAGAAAGAUUCCAGCAGCGAAAACUUGACUCCACCCACAGCUAGCACGAUGACUCUGGAUCUUCCCGCACUCCCCGCUGGCAAGCGCUUCAACCCACAGAAGUUGACACCGAAAGAUUACGCAAGGUGCACGGAGCCUUGGGCGUUAAGCUCAAUCAUCGCCUGGCUGCGAAUGAUGGCAGAAGGAGAAACUGACUUGAAAGAGCAUCUCAUCACAGAGGGACUGGUGAACAUGUUUACUUACAAGGUUCCGACAAUGAAUGUAGCAGAUGCUGAAACUUUGAGCACUCAAGUCGUUCAGCAGAUGUACAAGGUUGGAACGCUUGAGCACGUUGAGGAGUGGCUGAAAUUCACGCCGGCAACGACUUCCGGCGUGCUCUUCCAACUGUCUAAAUCCGGUUGCUACGCACCAACGCUUCACGAACACCAUACUCACGGGCGCUGCUACUCUUACCACUGCCAGAGGACGUUGAAGAAGAUUGAUCUUCAUGCGCAACCAUCCGUGAGGAGGGGCGAGGAUUGGCUGUCGUUCUACAAGCUCAAGAAGGAGGACCUCCCGGAGAGUGUCAGCAGAAAGGAAAUCGACAGGCAAAACAUCCUUCAUGAGAUUGUUCAGACCGAGGAUAAUUUCAUGGACAGUUUGAAUGUCCUCCGCGAAAUCUAUCGCGACGGGCUUAUGCAGAUGCAGCCUCCAGUCAUUGGCCCCAAGAAGUUGAAGGGAUUCAUUCGGGACGUAUUUGGCAAGGUCGACGCCGUCAAGCAAGCAAACGAGGAGCAUCUUCUUCCGCAGAUGAAAUACCGCCAACAGGAGCAAGGCCCUUGGGUUCACGGCUUCAGCGACAUCUUCCGCGAAUGGAUCAGAAAAGCUCGAGGAGCAUAUAUCGAGUAUGCGGCUGCUUUCCCGUAUGCCACUUUCCUUGUCCGACAGGAAGCAGAGCGGAAUAUUCUCUUCCGCAGCUAUUUGGACCAAGCCCAGGCCCACAAAAUGUCGAAGAAGCUUGCGUGGGACAACUAUCUCAAGUCUCCGAUCACAAGGCUGCAACACUACGGCCUUCUGCUCAGUACUGUUCUCAAACGUUCUCUUGUAGACAAUGAGGAGAAGAGGAAUCUGCACAUUGCGAUCGAGGAAAUCAAGGCUGUCACACAGGAGUGCGAUGCGCGUGUGGCGGAAAUGUCCCGCAAGGUUGAUCUCACGGACCUCCAGUCCAAGCUCAUCCUCCGUCCAGGCAUGCAGAGAGUAGAGCUGAACCUCAACCACUUGGGCCGAGAGCUCAUUUUUAAGGGCGACCUUCAGCGCAUGGGUGGUACAAGGUACACAUGGCUUGAGACCCACGCAUUACUUUUCGACCACUACCUUGUCUUGGCAAAGACGGUCCAUCACCGAGACGUGGAGGGUGGCGCGAAGCAGGAGAGAUAUGACGUUUCUCGACUGCCAAUUCCGAUGGACCUUUUAGUUCUCGAGAGUUCGAACGAUGAUCCAGUCGUCAAAUCUUCCGUCAAGGGCGUGGCAACUGUAACAUCAACUGCCAGACCAGACUCCCGACUUCGCGCUGGAUCGAAUGCAAGCCCCGCUCCAGGAACACUUUCCCACGUUAACACGGGGUCUUCCAUGGGCUCUACCCUAACAAGUGGGUCGGCAGCCAAGGGCAUGGUGGUGACGACUGUCUUGGAAAGCCCCAAGGACGAAAAGAUCAUGUAUCCAUUCCGCAUCAAACACCUUGGUAAGGAGGUGUAUACGCUUUUCGCACCGUCGGCACAAAACCGCCAGGACUGGUGUGACAAGAUCUUGGAAGCGAAGACGAAGCAUGCUGCUGCGCUGUUUGCGCAAAACGCGGAGCCAUUCCGCUUGCGUGUUAUGGCCGACUCAGCCUUUGCAUACGAGGGUGGAACGGGUGGCUCCCAGAGCAUUACCAUCAAGGGCACUCCCCUGGACCGCGCUAUUGACGAUGUCGAGAAGCUUUUCGCCAAUACAGGCCGACCCAGCCCCAUCUGCAGAGCUCGCGUCAACUGCGCGACAGCUUUCAUGCAACCAUAUGGCAAGCCCAUGGUAGCUGUCGGGACGGAUUAUGGAGUGUACAUCUCGGAAACGGCCAAUCCUCGCGGCUGGACAAGGGCCAUCACGAUUCAGAAGGUCUCACAAAUCGCCGUUCUCGAAGAAUUCAGCAUAAUGCUGCUGAUCUCCGACAAGUCUCUCAUCGCCUAUCACCUCGACCUCGUCUGUCCUGUCGGGGGCGCUGCAGGUGGCAGCAACAGCGAUUCGGCGCGCCGAGCUCCCCAGAAGCUGUCGGGUUCGCGUGAUGUCGGCUUCUUUGCAACCGGCAAGAUGAAAGAUCGUACCCUCGUUUUCUACAAAAAGCGGGAAGGCCUCUCUUCUACCUUCAAGGUCCUCGAGCCCGUCUUCCAAAAAAGUACCGAGAAAAGGAGCCGCUUCCUUCGAACCGGCCGCACCGAGUUUUUCCGCGAAUACGACGAGUUCUACAUCCCGACUGAGUGCUACGGUCUCAAUCUGUUCCACUCUUCCCUUGCCGUUUCAACAUCCAAGGGUUUCGAAGUGCUCACUCUCGACAAGAAGCAGUCUUGGUCCGUGCCAGACCUGAAAGCGAGUCACGUCGCUACCAUCGCCUCGCGCUUGCAGGGACUCGAUCCGCUGGGCAUGUUCCGACUUAGCGACCAGGAGUUCUUGCUCUGCUACGAAGAAUGCGCCGUCUACGUCAACAAGCAUGGUGACGUGUCGCGGUCGGUCAUCAUGGAGUUCGUCGGCAAGGCCAAAGCCGCGGCGUUGUACGGCCCGUACGUGCUGCUCUUCGACCCGGACUUUGUCGAGGUGCGCAACGCGCAAAACGGCCGUUUGCGCCAGGUCAUUCCAGGCAGGGACGUCAAGUGCCUCGACGACGGCCUAGGCCUCGGUGGCCAUUGGGUCCAGCCAAACGGCAAUGCCGGUCAGGCGCACGGACAGAACGGCAUGGGCGCCGGUGCGUAUGGAGGGAAUGGAGCGGUGCUUAGUCGCACGGUCAAGCUGGCGAUGCAGCACCCCAGACACGAGAAAUGCCAGAUCGUCGUGGAGUUGCUUUUGAACGAGGGGCAGAGAGACUAA